AUGAAGAACACGCGAGGACGACUCCUCCUUUUACUGCAGCAGCUGCCGAAUCCUUUGAUGGAAGCUGGAUGGCAAGGCAAAGGACGGGCCGAAAAGGCUGCAGAGACGAGUGCCGCGGAGGUCGAUCUGAAUUUUGAUGUUGUGGCAGCAGGGUUCAUGUCCUCCUAUGUGGACGCCCACGUGGCCUAUGCCGAGUCGGGCCUGGAGAUCACAGGAGAGUGGCGAACGGCCGAUGGAUCUUCCGGGACGCUGACGGGGACGAAGGCUUUGGCUGGCCUGGCCCUGGGUGGGCUCUGGCAUCUGGAGCUGCAAACGGGCGCCGAUUCCAUGCAGCAUGCUUGGAACUGCUGGUUCUCCUGUUUUCCUCCCAGCUCGGGUGGUAAUACCUCCAUGAUUCGCGUGUCGGGAUCUGCCCUGGCUGGGCCACUUCUUCAGGAGGGGUCUUCGGCAGAAAACGCGCCGCCGGCGCUGCAGAUUUCUGGCGAGAUGAGUGGGAAAGGUGUGGUGUCCUUUACCAUCUCCGCGUUGGAGGACGACCUCGAAGCAUUAGACGCCCUGAGCGCCAAGAACUGGGUGGGCUCCGUUUGGGAAGGGGAGCUGGGCCCAGACCGAUGGCUUCGCGGCUCCUGGCGCAAGGAAGGCGAGUCGGGCUCGGGCCGCUGGCGAGCGCGGCACAUCGGCCGUGCGGCGGUGCACAACACGCUGAAGCCGCAGGUCGACUCUGGUGCCGAGUGGGAAGCCAAGCGCUGUGAAAUCCGCACCGCGCCCCCGGACGCCAAGACAGCCGGGCGCUUGAAGAAAGGGAUGAAGGUGAAGCUGUCAAAGGUCUACAAGAGCUGCAGCGAUGCGCCGUUCGGACCUCUGAAAGAAGGGCAAGUUGGCGAGAUCAUUCAGGAGAACCCUGGGUCGGACCAGCCCGUGAACGUGAAGGGCCCGGGCGGCGGAACCUGGUGGUACCAGGAGAAAGCUUUGGUUCCGGCUUUCGCGUUGCAUGACGACUCCAGGAUCUUCAACCCACUUGGAGACGAGUUCGAAGGCAUCUCCUUCACUCGCUUCCCGAUCACUCAAGGCAGCGCUUACGCCGAGUUCCGGGUGGUCCGGCUGGGACGAACGCAGCCGAUCAUAGGGUUGGCUGUCAUGGAGGAGAAGGCUGGCAAGACCAUCCUCACGCGAAUGGCUGUGAUCGAAGGGCGGACUGCGCGCAAAGUCGACCUCUCGAAGCAGCCGGAAGAGGAGAUUCCAGAAACGCAGAGCGAGGAAGCGAAGAAGGAGAAGAAGGAGAAAGCCAAAGCCAAAAUGGCCAGCAAGAGGUCUGAUAGCGACGACGGGAUUGACCUCUUCGGUGGCGGCGAGCAAAACGAGGAGCCGGAAGAGGAGGAAGCCGCGGAGGAGCAAGAGCAGCCUGAGGGUGAGCAGAAGAAAGGCUGGGACCUGGCAAAGCCCUAUGGCGAUCGCUGGCAGGAGGGCGAUGUGAUCUGUUGCCAAGUGAUGAUGCCGGGCGGGGUUAUCGCUUUUGGCCUCAACGGCGAUUUCCAGGCGCCUAUGGGCGUGGCCUUCGACCUGAACCUACCGAAGGGUACACAGCUAUGUCUCGUCGCGGCGGCUGGUGAGAAUGGCCGGCUCCGGGUUAACCUCGGCACGGUGGCCUUCGCCUUCCCACCGCCAAACAAGCUGGAUGCACUGCUUCCGGACCUCGAGGAAGAGGAGGAGGAGUUGGUAGAGGGGUUGGCGGCGGCGGUCGAGCACAACCCAGCCGUCGCACCCCACAUCGCUGAACUCCUGGAUGAUGCGACAGCCGACAAAGUUGCCAAGGUCCUUGAAACUUUUGCUUCGGAAGGGGAAGCCACACCAACAAAGACUCAGCUUAGGAUGGUGGCCACUGCUGCUGCGAUCCCUUUCUUUGGUUUUGGUGUCCUGGAUAAUGCGAUCAUGAUUCUACUCGGGGAAGUCAUCGAUGCAACUCUUUGUGUACAGUUUGGACUCUCCACCAUGGCUGCUGCAGCUCUGGGCAAUACCUUCUCUGAUGCUGUCGGCGUCUUCUCUGGCACAUUGGUGGAGGAAAUGGCCGCCAAAUACGGGGUGGAGGCACCCAAGUUAACACGUGUCCAAGAAGGCAUGGCCGUGACGAAGAACUAUGAGCGCUUGGGCCAACUGGUAGGCAUUUGCGUAGGUUGCCUCGUCGGCAUGUUCCCACUGCUGUUCAUGGACCACAGUGAUGUACGCAAACGGGAGAAGGCCCUAGAUGAAAUGUUCGACGUUGUGGUCGAGAGCGUGACGAAACUUCUGGACUGCGAGGCAGCGUUGCUGUUUCUGGUAGACUACGAGAAGCGGCAGCUGUACUUACGCUCUUCUUCUGACCACGCGUUGAAGGACCAUCUGCGCAUCGGCGAGGGUGUGGCCGGAAGGGUGGCCGAAACUGGGCAUUUCAUGAACGUAGACGACCUAAGAAAGACGGAGCUUUAUAACCCGAAGCGACAUGAUGACUACUUUGGCACCGGGGUGUCUGUCCGUUCUGUUCUAUGCAUGCCGGUGAUUGGCGUCGAUCCUUCCGAUCAAGAGACCAAGGUUCUCGGCGUCCUCCAGCUCAUCAACAAACGGGGCACUGAGGGCCAUGGCUUCCUUGAUCGAGAUGAGGACGUGUGCGCUGCCCUGUGUUCUCAGAUCUCGACAAGCUUGUCCACUGCCUACGGCCUGUCUUCGAGCUUCCGAGCAGCUCUUGAAAGAUACGAGCGGGCACUGAACAUGCCGGGAGUGCGUCUCAACCCGGCACAGGACUCGCGGCUGGAGAAUAUCUACGAGGAGGUUAUGCGCGACUGUACCGAGGUUUUAAGGGCCUCGGCUACCAUUCUCAUGGUGGGUGAUGUUGGUCACAAAGAUGACCUCAUCCUCAAGGUCAGCGAUAAGGUACCCUUCUUCCGCACCUCUGCGGCAGAGGCGCCGGUCCUCCACAAGUGCAAGGAGGAUGGCGUCACCAUUUGCGUCAACGACUUAGUCAACUCACGGUUCUACAAGCCGGAGGUUCACGAGGAUUACCGCAACACGGGGAUGAAUCUUCGAGCUGUCCUGGCCUCCCCAUGUCUUUCAACGGAUGGGGAGGUCUUGGCGGUCCUAGCUUGCUUGAAGGAUGCAGAUGUGGCAGCGCCUUUCUCGGCUUCAGACGUCCGUUUCUUGAACGCCGUGGCGAAUAACGUGGCCAUCAAUUUGCAGGGCACGGGCGCCAGCCUCCAGAGGGUGCUGAAGCAGAUGACCUCUCUGCAUUUCCGCGAGCUCAACGAAGGCGCUGGAGUGACGCAAGAGGACUGCAGCCGGGAGGUCUUGGGAAUCGUGGAUUCCGUCAUCAACCUGGUUCAGAAAGCCGGAGGGCAUGUGGAUCAGCUGGAGGUCCGGCGUUCGGCAAAAGAAGCGCUUGAGCGCUUUGAAGUUUCCGAGGCAGAGAGGCAUCGACAAGAGACGCCCGCUCUGCCAGAGUACGCGGAGCUUCCAAAAGCUGCGGCUAACUAA